UCGGCGGCAUCAAGAGCGGGAGAGUUGCGAUUACCCAACGCCACUACGCUGGUCAUUCGUGUGCAUCCUCAACAACGCCAUGUCUCAGAAUCCGGUCGUGCCGGAGCUUCCAGCGGUGGAUAAGACGCAGCAGGAGCAGGUGCCAGAGCAAGAGCAGGAGCAGGAGGCGGAGCAGGUUUCCAAGUUGCAAUUGCAACAGCCGCUGAAGCAGAUGACCAUUAGCGCCUCUACGCAGGAACUUGCCGAGCUCCUGGACAUUCAUCUCGGCGCGUUGCGUCCCAAGGAGCCGGCAUGGCGGGUGGCCGACUCGCCCAUCUCUGGCCGCGGUAUCUUCGCCAGCCGGAACAUUGAGGCCGGCGAGGAGCUGUUCCGCGAGCACACACUGCUGGUGGGUCCGACGGCGCAUCGAUCCACGAAUCUGCGUACCUGCACGCUAUGCUACCGCCUGAUACCCGGCACCACGGACAAGGAGGCCCUCUGUCCGGCGGGAUGUGGCCUGCCCGUGUGCCUGGCCUGCCGCGAUUCGCCGCGCCACGAACUGGAGUGCAAGCUGUUCCGCAAGUGGCGGCCACUGGAUCGGGACCGGAUCGAGCCCCGUGCUUUGCGCAUUCUCAGCGUGGUUCGAUGCUUCUUCCUGGACGAGGCCCAAAGGAAGCUGCUCUACGCCAUGCAGGCCAAUGCCGAUCGUUACUACAUGAAGGAGGUGGAGCGGGCGGCCGCCUGCUUUGAGCACUUUCCGCGCGAACAGGACAUGCUGGACUUCUUCUACCGCACCAUCUGCGCCUUUAAUACGAAUGCCUUUGAGAGUCGUAGCAGCGUAGAUGGACAUGAGGUCCUGGUCCGGGCGCUAUACCCACUGGCCGGGCUCCUCAACCACCAGUGCACCCCGAAUGCAGCGCAUCACUUCGAGGAUGGAGAGACUAUUGUGGUGUGCGCCACGGAACGGAUACCCGAGGGCGCCGAGAUCACCAUGUCCUAUGCCAAGCUGCUCUGGUCGACGCUGGCCCGGAAGAUGUUCCUCGGCAUGACCAAGCACUUUAUGUGCAAGUGUGUCCGCUGCCAGGAUCCAACGGUGAGUUGACCAAUGGAUCCACGGAGUGGGAGCUGCUGCAGCUGCUUUUUGCUCUCAAUUUAGGGGGCCUUAAAGUGGCACAGUCUCUGCGCUGCAUCCCCAAAAUAGCUUCAUCAGCGCCGUCGUAGAAAUGUCACCGCCCAGGGGCGUUCGUCGAGGGGAUUUAUAGCACUCAGCAGCACUUAAUAGUUUCGGAUACAAUUCAAAAAACCCAUUAAAUAGAUGAUAAUAACAGGGAUUCCUCUAGAAUCUUACCCAUCAAGUGCUGCUUAGUACCCUCACCCGAUGACGCUCCUGAGACGUAUCUAAAGUGGGUGCCACAGUGACAUCCAACGAGCAAUUAAUCAGCGCGUCCUCAGUGACUGCUUGUGGCGAAAUUCAGCAGGGGAUUUGGAUACUGGCCCUGGCCAGAGAAGCAGCCAAGUGAGUAGAGAGCACCC